UUUGAACAAAUCUCAACUACUCUAAGCACGACUAGACGAAAGCGUUGAAAUCGUGUGUGGAGAUCGGUUGAGAGGUGUUUGUUUUAAGAACAUUGAGUCGAAGCGUGUGAAAUAAGGCACUAUCGUUGCCUUUUUUAGAGAGAGAUAAACAGUUUUAAGGUAAGUACUAGUAGGCUGUACAGAGAGAAAAAGAUAGAGAGAAAAUUACAUUUACCUGGAAAAUGAGGUCGUCGUCUUCCUUCGGAAGCAGCUCCAGAAUAUCGAAUUAUAGCCGUACAUUUGAUUUGCCGGAAGACUCCAGGGAAUACGGCGUCGUGGGAGGUGCAAUGUUGCCGAUGUUUCUCAACGACUUGAGACCGAACAAUGAGCGAGAUUUAGUUGAAGUGACAUUGGAGCUCGAAGACGACUCCAUUGUCUUGUGCAGCGUCACGCCGACUUCGAACGCUAAUCCCCCCGCCGGAGAAGAAUCGGCGAACGGAUUUAUGGCCAGGAGUCUGUCGGCGACGUCGAGAAUUCGGCGGAAAUUCUCUUGGUUGAGACGGUCGUCGUCAUCAAGAGCGUCAUCGGAAAUCGAAGUGCCUACAAUCUCCGCACGCGACGCUAUGAAAAUAAAAGGGCAACUGGCACGGACGAGAUCGAGCGCUCGGGAGGCUCUUAAUGGCCUCAGAUUCAUUAGCAGAAACACCGGAAAAUCAGAUUCGAACGAGUUAUGGAAAAAAGUUGAGUCGCGGUUUGAGUGUUUGGCGAAGGAGGAGUUGCUGUGUAGAGAGGACUUCGGUGAAUGUAUAGGAAUGGCCGACUCAAAAGAGUUCGCUUUGGGAGUAUUUGAUGCACUGGCGAGACGAAGAGGUCACAACAUUGGGAAGAUAACCAAAGAUGAACUUUAUGACUUCUGGUUGCAGGUUUCGGACCAGAGCUUUGACGCUCGUCUUCAGAUUUUCUUCGACAUGGCGGAUAGCAAUGAAGAUGGAAGAGUGACAAGGGAUGAAGUGCGGGAGCUUAUAAUGCUCAGUGCUUCUGCGAAUAAGCUGUCCAAAUUGAAAGAACAAGCAGAGGAAUACGCUUCAUUGAUAAUGGAAGAACUAGAUCCAGAAAAUCUUGGUUAUAUUGAGUUAUGGCAGUUGGAAACACUUCUUCUACAAAGAGACACCUACAUGAACUACAGCAGGCCUCUCAGCACAGCUAGUGUAGGAUGGAGCCAGAACUUGGGGACGUCCAGGCCCAAGAAUGUGGUGCGCAGGGCAAGCUCCAAACUCAAGUCCCUGGUAUUAGAGAACUGGCAAAGAGGUUGGAUCUUGCUGCUCUGGUUCAUGGCCAUGGCUGCUCUAUUCGCAUGGAAGUUCAAUCAAUACAGGGAUAAAGCAGCAUUUCAAGUCAUGGGUUAUUGCUUGACAACCGCUAAAGGGGCCGCAGAAACCCUAAAGCUCAACAUGGCUCUCAUCCUUUUGCCCGUGUGUCGGAAUACGUUGACGUGGCUCCGCUCCACAAGAGCCAGGCUAUUUAUCCCUUUUGACGACAACAUCAAUUUUCACAAGACAAUUGCAUGUGCUAUAGCAUUUGGGAUCCUCCUGCAUGUUGGAAACCAUAUGUUUUGUGAUUUUCCACGUUUGAUUAACUCUUCACCAGAAAAAUUCGCCACCAUAGCCUCUGAUUUCAACAACAAAAAGCCCACCUACAAAGACCUAUUGACCGGUGUUGAAGGCCUAACUGGGAUUUCUAUGGUGAUUCUAAUGACCAUUGCUUUCACACUUGCAACUAGACGCUUCCGCAAAAAUGUGGUAAAGCUGCCGGCACCAUUCAACAGGUUGACGGGCUUUAACGCAUUCUGGUAUUCUCAUCACCUCUUCGGUCUAGUCUACGUGGCGUUAUUAAUCCACGGAACCUUCUUGUUCUUCGUCCAGAGAUGGUAUCAGAAAACGACAUGGAUGUACAUCUCUGUUCCUCUUUUCCUCUACAUAGCAGAGCGGAGUUUGAGAACAUGUCGAUCAGAACAUUAUACGGUAAAAAUUUUGAAGGUUUCAGUUCUACCAGGAGAUGUCUUCAGCUUAAUCAUGUCCAAGCCAAAUGGGUUUAAAUACAAAAGUGGGCAGUAUAUGUUUCUACAAUGUCCUACAAUCUCCCCAUUUGAAUGGCAUCCAUUUUCAAUAACUUCAGCACCAGGAGACGACUACCUCAGCGUUCACAUCCGGACAGUGGGAGACUGGACGCAAGAACUUAAGCGAGUAUUUACCGAGGAUAAUGGUUCAGCGUGUGUGAUUGGUCGAGCAACGUUUGGACAGCUUGGGUACAUGGAUCAGAGAGGUCUACCCAAACUGCAUGUCGAUGGACCCUAUGGUGCUGCAGCACAGGACUACAGAAACUAUGAUGUGUUACUUCUUGUGGGGCUUGGCAUUGGAGCUACUCCUUUUAUAAGCAUCCUCAGAGAUCUAUUAAACGAUACAAGAACAGCAGAAGACCAAGUGGAUUCAAACACAGAAACAAGUAUAUCAGAUGAUAGCCUGACUAGUUUUGCCUCUUCAAGUAUAACAUCAAGUGGAAAAAAGAAAUCCCAGAGAACAACAAAUGCACAUUUCUAUUGGGUAACUAGGGAACAUGGGUCUUUCGAAUGGUUUAAAGGAGUUAUGAAUGAAGUUGCAGAAUUGGAUCAAAAAGGUCAAAUUGAGAUGCACAAUUAUCUUACGAGUGUUUACGAAGAAGGUGAUGCAAGGUCAACCCUAAUCACCAUGGUCCAAGCUCUCAACCAUGCCAAACAUGGUGUUGACAUCCUAUCUGGAACCAGAGUAAGGACGCAUUUUGCAAGACCAAAUUGGAAAGAAGUGUUCACCAAAAUAGCUUCAAAGCAUCCAUACGCCGUCGUAGGAGUGUUCUACUGUGGGAUGCCAGUGUUGGCAAAGGAGCUCAAGAAGCUAUCACAUGAGCUGACUCGCAAAACAUCUACAAGAUUCGAGUUCCACAAGGAGUAUUUCUGAAGAAAGUAUCUGCCACUAAGAAGACGAAGCUGUUUUUUUCUUUUCUUUUUUAUUUUGUAAUUAUUCAAAUGAUUCGGAGGAAUAUAUAUUACUACUUAAGAAUAUAAAUAUACCCAUAUACAUGUAUAUGCAUAUAUUACAUUGUUGAUCAAGUCAAAAUACAAACUAGAUAUAAAGGUUUCUAUCCACUUCAA